AACUAUAAAGCUGCCUGACAAGUCAAGAGGGAGAAAGAGAGGAGGUUGAACCAUGAGAGAGAACCUUAUUACUGUGGCAUCCCAAAACAUGGCGAACACUGACAGUUUGACACCUACUGACCUGUACGCAGAGGGGAAGGGGUUAAAGAGGAAAAACUGGAGAAACAGAAUACGAUUUCUGCUGAAGACAAACUCUUCCCAUUCAGUGUCACAUCUGAUGAAGAACAGGUCCUACAGGCCAAGUGUCGAUGACGUGAACCAAUGGGCGCAGUCGCUCGACAAACUGCUCGGUCAUAAAUAUGGGAAAGCCGCCUUCUUUAUCUUCCUGAAGUCUGAGUUCUGCGAGGAGAACAUUGAGUUUUGGACAGCCUGUGAGGAUUUCAGGACACUCACGUCGCACAAAGACAUUGUGUCCAAGGCCAACAGCAUUUAUGAGGAGUUUGUUAAAAAUGAAGCUCCCAAGGAGAUAAACCUGGAUUACCACACUAAAAAUGCAAUCACCCAGAGUCUACAUGAGCCCACAAUGACAAGCUUCCUGGCGGCUCAGAGGAAAGUCUACAGUCUUAUGGAGAACAACUCCUACCCCAGGUUUAUCCACUCCGACCUCUACAAGGAACUGUGUGUGGCUGCCAAGGGAGACCGCAAGCUCAUUAAGUCUUAGUCAAACGAUGCAGCCACUCCUGAAGUCCACUUGUUUACCACUGUGACUGUGUGACACUGAUGAGGUUUACUCUGAACACUGCCUUGGGAUAAUCGACCCAAAUGCAAAUCCUGACAAUAAACAUUACCAGCGAGUGUGGAAAACGCAAAACCAGAGCGUUUUCCGGCGCAUCCUGCUGGGAGCUCUUAUUGAUGGAAGAUUAGGCUGGAUGCUAUAUGCUGCUGCAGGCACUCAAUACGGCAUUUCAACCAAAAGGAAUUGAGACUACUUUUUCUCCACUAAGCCAUUACUUGCACUUUCUUUGCUCGGUACCUUUCUUAGCAAUGAAGCAAUUGAAGAAAGAGCUGUUGUCGAGCCACUGCAUUCGCAGAAUGAAUGGAAUUUGCCACACACUUUAUUUUUACACACAGCUAUUUAUUUUUCCGAUGCUGGUGUUGGAAAAUAGUCUCCUGUUCAGAUGUACAGUCAGCGAUUUACUUCUUGUAAAUGUGUGACCCUGCUCUUUAUUGCCACAUUGCGCGCAUGGAUUUGCAUCCGUUUACACAAAAGUGUGCACUUUUGUUACACAGCAUUUGUAACUUCCGCCGAGGACUGCGGUCGAUGUGCAGUGACUGACAAAAGCAAGUGUUUGAGUGACAUUUCUGACAAUGUUAUUUAUUGUAAACAUAGUGAUUUCACAUUUGAGAUGCACAUGGCUUGUUGAAUGUGAAUUUAAGUGUCGAGCAGCUGGACUGCUUGAGAAAAUAAACAAUGUUUUUCAGUG